AUGGUGAAGCAAGGUAUUGCGUUAGGCCAUUCUAUUUCCAACAAAGGUAUUGAGGUAGACAAAGCAAAAAUUGAUUUGAUUUCUAAUUUACCAGCCCCUACUUCAGUGAAAGGAGUGAGGAGUUGUCUAGGACAUGUAGGUUUUUAUCGUCGUUUUAUUAAAGAUUUCUCCAAAAUAGCUCAUUCUCUAUUCAAUCUUUUAGCUAAAGAUGCUGUUUUCAACUUUGAUAAAGAUUGUUUAGAUGCGUUUAACACUUUGAAACUUGAACUAACAUCAACUCCAAUUAUCAAGGCACCAGAUUGGUCUUUACCUUUCGAAUUAAUGUGUGAUGCUUCUACCUAUGCUCUUGGUGCAGUUCUAGGUCAAAGAGUUGCUCAACUCAAUUACUUUACAACUGAGAAGGAGUUGCUUGCUGUAAUUUUUGCUUUAGAGAAGUUUUGUUCAUACCUUGUUGGUUCUAAAGUGAUUGUAUAUUCUGACCAUGCAACACUUAGGUACUUAUUAACCAAGAAGGAUGCUAAGCCACUCUUGCUUCGAUGGGUAUUGUUGUUGCAAGAAUUUGAUUCAGAAAUCCGAGAUAAGAAAGGGUGUGAGAAUGUUGUUGCUGAUCAUCUCUUUCGUCUCAUCGAUGGUAACCAAGAGAAUGAGGAUGUCCUACCCCUCAAUGAAUCUUUUUCGGAUGAACAACUAUUGGCCAUUCAUGAUCAAGAACCAUGA